AUCAAUUUGCAAACUUAAAAAAACGACGUCGAAAAGAAUUUCUUUUGUCGGUUGACUUAUUAAAUUUUCCCGUUUAAAACGAUGUGAAAUAUUGCAUGUAGCGUCUUAUUCGUAUUUUUUUCUUAGUUUUAAAACAUAACCGGACAAAACUCACAGGAUAACGUUAUAAGUUAAGUUGAAGACACAACAUCAAAAUGGAAGAUGAAAAUGAAUUUAAAAAGUUACCAACAGAAGAGAAAUGUGUGCACAAGUUAUGGAAGGCUCGCGUGGCUGGUUACGAAGAAGCCAUCAAGUUAUUUAAUCAAAUUGACGAUGAGAAGUCACCGGAAUGGAAUAAAUACCUGGGGCUUGUCAAAAAGUUUGUGAUUGACAGUAAUGCUGUGGCGCAGGAAAAAGGUCUUGAAGCAGCAUUGGUAUUUGUGGAAAAUUGUGGACAUGCAGGAAAGACGACAGGGGAAGUCAUGUCAGGCAUUGUGGCCAAGUGCAUAGCAGCUCCUAGAACUAAGACUAAAGAUCUUGCCCUACAGAUCACACUAAUGUAUAUAGAAAUAGAGAAACAUGAAGUUGUUGAAGAGGAACUUUUAAAAGGCAUGGAACAGAAGAACCCUAAAGUCGUGGCAGCAUGUGUAGCGGCAUUGAACACAGCACUCAAACAGUUUGGCAACAAAGUUAUAGCAAUCAAGCCUAUGGUGAAGAAAAUACCAAUACUGCUAGCUGACAGAGACAAGACUGUAAGAGAUGAAAUGAAGGCAUUGGUUGUUGAAAUGCACAGAUGGAUCGGUGGAGCGAUAGAGCCGCACAUUGCCUCUUUACAAGCUGUGGUACAACAGGAGCUACGCGAUGCCUUCGCAGGCAGCGGUGGUGGAGCCCAGCCCACGCGUUAUUUGAGAUCUCAACAGAACAGGGUUAGGGAUAUGCCCACUGCUGAUGCUACUGAUGGUGCCGCGGAAGAUGACGACGCAGAAAUAGGAAACGGUGAUUCCGGCGAAAUGGACCCAUACGAUCUAUUAGAUCCCGUGGAAAUAUUAUCCAAAUUACCGAAAGACUUUUACGACAAACUCGAAAAUAAAAAGUGGCAGGAAAGAAAAGAGGCCCUUGAUGCUUUAGAAAAUCUUUUGAAGAAUGCGCCUAAGUUGGAACCUGGUGAUUAUGCUGAUCUAGUCAGAGCUUUGAAAAAGGUGAUAUCAAAAGACACGAAUGUAAUGCUGGUAGCGCUCGGCACUCGACUAAUGGGCAUGGUGGCAAGCGGCCUCCGCUCCAAAUUCCAACCGUAUGCCGUGUCGUGUAUACAGGCGUGUCUGGAGAAGUUUAAAGAGAAGAAACCCAAUGUGGUGACUGCUUUAAGAGAUUGUAUUGAUGCUAUUUAUCCGUCGACCAACUUAGAAGCGAUUAUGGAAGACAUGUUAGCGGCUUUCGACAACAAGAACCCGUCAAUAAAAGCGGAAAGCGCUACGUUCCUAGCUCGCUCGCUUUGCGUCACACAACCCGCGGCGUUCAACAAGAAGCUUGUUAAAGCGUAUGUGGCCAGCUUGUUGAAGCUGCUUGAAAGUGCUGAUCCAAUUGUAAGAGACGCAGCGUCCGAAGCACUCGGCACGGCCACGAAACUCGUUGGUGAAAAGAACAUAGCGCCACACAUUGGUAAACUGGACAAUUUGAAAGAGCAGAAGAUUAAGGAGUUUGCUGAUAAGGCUGAAAUCAAAGUGAAAAUAUCAGCUCCGAAGAAGGAAGCGAAGCCAAAAGCGGCGCCGGCUGGUAAAGGAGACGCUAAGCCCAGUGCGGGAUCGGCACAACCUAAACCAGUGAAGAGACCACCCUCUGCCAAGAAACCAACAGUGACAAAGAAAGCAGUGGGCAAAGUGCAACAGAGUCCGCCGCGUGAGCAAGAGCUGUCGCCCGAGGAGGUGGACGCUAAAGCCGAGGUUCUGUUCCCGCCUGAUGUUAUAAACGGCCUGGUAGAUGGCAAUUGGAAGAACCGUCUAGCGGCUGUACAAUCCUUCCACUCGACGGUCCAAGGUCUAACCACGGAAGACACGAACGCACAGGUGUUGUACCGAGUGCUGAAUAAGAAACCAGGACUCAAAGAUACGAAUGUGCAAGUGCUGAAGGCCAGGUUGGAGGCCUGCAAGUAUACAACAGAGAACUUCCCUAUUUCUACAACGGCAGCGGACUUCGUGCUCCACGACGUUGUGAACAAGCUUGGUGAAGCGUCUUGCUCGGCCAUAGCAUCAGACUGCCUCACCUCUCUAGCCGAAGGUUGUGGUCUCGAACACGUGGUGAACGAGGGGCUCGGCUUCGCUAUGGACUCGCAGAAGAACCCCAAGGUGCAGUCGGAGAUGUUCAACUGGAUGACCAACUCGAUAAAAGAGUUUGGUUUCUCAAUGAACAUCAAAUCAAUAAUAGCGCACAGCAAGAAGGCUCUAUCCGCCACGAAUCCAAACGUCCGCACAUCAACUAUUAACUUCCUUGGUGUGCUAUCUCUAUACACUGGCCCAUCAUUACUCAACCACUUUGAUAGCGAGAAACCGGCCACCAAACAGCUGAUCAGUUUGGAAAUGGAUAAAUACGCUAAUAGCACACCACCCACGCCUACACGACAAUUGGGACGUGUUAGUAAGUCCGCAAGCAAAGGCUCGGUGGGUGAUGAACUCGAAGACGUGUACGAAGACGCAGCGGAUGAUGAGCCGCCGGUGGUGGAGGACACGCGGCCGCGCACCGACAUCGCGCCGCUCAUCACUGACGCGCUCGUGGGAGAGAUGAACGAUAAGAACUGGAAGGUCCGAAACGAAGCGCUAGACAAGUUAAAAGCGAUAAUUCUAAACUCGGCGCCCAUCAAACCAACACUCGGGGAACUGCCAGCAGCCCUAGCAGCAAGACUGCUGGACUCCAACUCUAAGCUUGCGCAGAGUGCACUACAGAUAUGUGAAGUGAUAGCCACGUCUAUGGGGCCGAAGUGUAAGCAGCACGUGCGGACUUUCUUCCCGGGAUUCUUUCAAGCGUUCGGCGACAGCAAGCAGUGGAUCCGCACGGCGGCGGUGGCGUGCGUGGAGGCGUGGUGCCGCGAGGCGGGCGCGGCGGCGGCGCUGGACGGCGAGAUGGUGCACGACGCGCUGCGCAGCGGCUCGCCCGUGCUGCGCGCCGCGCUCUUCGCCUGGCUCGCCGACAAGCUGCCCAACAUACCACCCCGCUCGUUCCCGCGCGAAGAGCUCUCAGUGUGCGUGGCUUUACUAUACGCGGGUGUGGAAGAUAGGUCGGCUGAUGUUAGAAAAGCGGCCGCUGAUUGUGUGCUGCCGUUUAUGCUGCACCUCGGUUACGAGCCUAUGCACAAACAGCUGGAUAAACUAAAGCCAGGAUCAAAAUCAGUAGUAUUAGCAGUACUAGACAAGGCUCGACCUAACCUACCGGUACAGCCACUACCCGCUAAGGCCAAAGGUAAAGAAGAACCAAGGGGGGUUAAAUCCGCGGGAGCCAUGAAGAAGGAGGCUGAGAAGAAGGGAGUUGCUGUUAAGACUAAGGGCCCAGCAAAACCAGCGUCAGCAAGCAGUCGCGGUAAAAAAGAAGACGAAGAUUGCACGCCGCUACUGCCUAACAAUAAUGCCAAGAAUCAACGUAUUGUCGAUGAUCAAAAGUUAAAGGUUUUAAAAUGGAAUUUCACAACGCCACGAGAGGAAUUCUUUGAUCUACUAAAGGAUCAAAUGAAUAGUGCUGGCAUGAACAAGCAACUUAUUGCUAAUAUGUUCCACAGUGAUUUUAGGUAUCACUUGAAAGCCAUAGAAGCAUUAUCAGAAGAUUUACACGAAAAUGGUUCAGCGCUAACAGCUAACCUGGAUCUAGUACUCAAAUGGUUGACACUACGGUUCUUUGACACAAACCCAUCGGUGAUACUAAAGGGAUUGGAGUAUUUGAGCCAAGUGUUCCAGUACUUGAUUGAUAGUGAUUAUACCAUGGCCGAGUAUGAAGCGAACUGCUUUAUACCAUAUUUGGUGUUGAAGGUGGGUGAUCCCAAAGACACAGUGAGGAAUGGCGUCAAGGCUCUGUUCAGACAAAUCUGUGUGGUUUACUCUGUUACAAAACUGUUUGGAUAUUUGAUGGAAGGAUUGAAGUCAAAGAAUGCGAGGCAAAGAGCUGAGUGUCUCGAAUGCAUCAACCACCUGCUCGAGACGUACGGUUCAACAGUAAUGUCGGGCGGUGGUGGCGCAUCGUUGCGCGACAUCGCGCGACUGAUCGGCGACAGGGACAACGCGGUGCGAUCCGCAGCGCUCAACUGUGUUGCCAGCGCGUACUUCCUGGACGGCGAGAAGGUGUACAAGAGCAUCGGGCAGAUAUCAGACAAAGAUUUGUCUCUCUUAGAAGAGCGUAUAAAGCGCGCGACGAAAACACGCAGCGCGGAAGCGAGACGAUCUAUGGUUGUCCCUCUCUCGGCGAGUGGAAAGCCGAUUUUACAACAACAACAGAUGCCUGAGGAAAACGAGCGUGUGAUCACGGUGGAGACAACGCCGGGCGUGGAGUACGAGGAGGAGGAACAGGAUGAACCGCCCCCACCGCCAGUUCAGCACGCGGUGUCCAGGGCGGAGGAGGUGCGCACGGUGACGGGCCCGUUCGGGCUGGACCCCGAGCUGAUCGCGCGGCUGGACGCCGCCGUGCCCGUGGUGCGCCGCCCCAACCUGCCCGACCUCGACCUCAAGUUCCUGGACGAGCCCGUGCGUGCGCUCUCCGCCCCGCACAGACCCAGUUCAAUGGUGGCGCUAUCCCCGCCCCGUGCAACGGCGCCACACCCGCUAGUGUCGGCGCAACCAGUGCCCGCCUCUGUGGACGACUCGCAGCUAGCUGACACCAUACACUCUAUAGCUAGUCCUGAUUUGAAUGCGGCGAUCCGUGCACUGUCCCUGAUAUCGGGCGCGCUAGUGUCCGGUCGCGGGGCAGCACUGGCAGCGUACGAGGCGCGGCUGGUGGCGGCGGUGGCGGCGCAGCUGCGGCGCCUGCGCACCGCGCCGCCCGACGCGAGCGCGCUGCCCGCCUACAAGUACCUCGCCGGCGCGCUCACCACGUUCUACGAGACAGCGGGCUGCGGCGGGUCAGUCGGCGAAGCAGCGCUGCGCGCGCUGGUGGGCGAGCUGCUGCUGCUGCUCGGCGCUGCUCCGGCCCGCCCCGCGCCGCCCGACGCCGAGCGGCUCGUGCGCAUACUGAACAACGUGUGCGUGCGCGUGCUCGAGCACUCGCCCAGGACGCCGUUGCUAUGCGCAAUAGUUUCUCUCCUACACGACUCAAUCGUCGAAUCCGAUCCAGCCUACCCCAGAUAUCAAGAUCUACUGCUCAAAUGUUUCUGGAAGACACUCAAAAUGAUCUCCUCGUGGGAAGUGAACUCGAUAGACUAUGACGCAGUACUGUACAAGAUACACUUGUUCUAUAAGGCAUACCCGAAUAGCUAUUGGAAGAAAAAUCCGGAAAUUAGUGAUACACCAUACAGGACGGUAAAAACGCUAGUGCACACACUGGUGAAGAUGAAAGGCGCGUCCAUCACCAACCAUCUCACACAGAUACCUGAUGUUAACGAAUCUGAUCUGUAUCCGUAUUUGCACAAAGUAUUGAAGCAACUAAAAUUGGACGAGAAGAAGGACGCACCGCCAGACAACAUGAACGGAAGCCUCCAAAGCCUUGGAAUGGGUGUCACGAACACUGCCCUCACUUCUGGAAGAUUACCACGGGCAUUGCAUGAAGAAUUAGCUCUUAUUCUGAAGAGGAUCGGAUCUAAGGAGCAUAAUAGGGAGGCGCUUGCGCAGUUGUAUGAUUUGAGGGAGCGUCACCCAGAAGUAGAUAUCUGGACGUUCAUGGCGGGCUCAUCGUUCUAUUUCCGCAACUACGUCGAGUGCGGUUUGCGAGAGGUGGCCGAGCAGCGUAAAAUGCGAUCACACCCUGUAUACAAGCCGGAUAUUAAGGCAGAGCAUAUUGAUGUUAGUAACGAAAACGAUGAAAAAUCACACGUCGACUUCUUAGAGAGAUUGCGAGCUUUGCAGGUAAAAGCUGGUCUCAAAAUGGAUUCGAACCCAUCGUCUCAACCCAGAACACCGGUGAACGACAAUCGAGCGCUUACAGACUCCAUCAAUGACAACACCUUGCCAAGAACUCAUAGUAUCGAUCCACAAUUAGAGCUACAUUCAGCACAGUCGGUAUCACAAAAGAACGAAGCGGCAGUGGACGCGUUACGACUCAAACUGCAACAAAUCAAGAGCUCGUCCAAGAGAUAGGCAUACAUCUUUACCACACGGCAUCUAUUUAUAUACUUAUGUGCGGAAUACGUUUGUUAUAUAGUCGAAUAGACUGCGACAUAACAAGGAAAUGUGUCGGUUCUUUGGGGUUUAUUUUGUUCAAAAACUUGAGAUAUUAUGCAGUCGAAAAGACUGCUACAUGACAAGGAAAUGAGUCGAUUUUUUACGUUUUAUUUUGUCCAAAAAACUUAUUUUAGCCUUUUGAAAAUUAAUGGAAACUUAACAAUGUAUGUAUUACGUAAUAGUUGUAUAAUUUUCUGGCUAUAUUAGGGCCAUAUUAAAGUCAUGAGAUGUUUUCUUAUAAGAUCAUGCUAAGGAGAAUCGACACAACACAAUGUAUUCGCAGUAUUAUUGUCAGUCUAUUUGUCUAUCAACGUACGCACGACUCUAUUGAGCUAUCUAUGCACGAAUUUUGUCAUUCCCGUCAUAACAUUGUAUAACACUAUUAAUUAUUAAUUUGCGUAUAUUUAAUUUUUUUCAUUAACAACGUCUAUGAAUUUUUUGCAAAAAUAUGUAAACGAAGCGUGUUAUUCCUUAUUUUUUUUUUUUGAGCUCAAGUCUUCAUAACUCAAAAGAGGAUUUUAAAUUAAGGUUGCUUCUAUUUCAGUUUUGGAACCAUUACUAUAGCAUUAUUCCAAGCUUUUUAGUUCCUAACACUAUAAUAAGACGUCCAUUAACCCCUAGUAUAACAUGACAAUAUAAAAUGUCCUUGCAGGGUAAGUGGGGUUGAAAUUGAUACAAUUGGCACAUUUCUUGCCGGUAACUGUGGCAUUCGUGUUUGAGGAAUUUCCGCAAUGUGUUGUUUUUCAUGACUCCACCGUUCUUAAAUAUGCUUUUGAUUGUAAUCAUGUUAUAUAUCGUUUUUGAUGAUCAAAUUAGUUAAUGGCUUGUCAUUAUUGGAAAUAUAUGGAAAUGUCGUAAAGCAUAUUUAAAAAGUGGAGUCAUUUUCACUAGUUUUUGCACGUGUGUCUUAAUCCCUUUGCCCCAUGUUUGAUAUUAUGUAUGUUUCGAUGUAGGUAAUGUGUAAUUGAAACUAGUUGAAGUCGUAUAAACAUUGAAAUGUGAAAAAAAAAUCAUGUACCAUUACCAUGUAGAGAAUAGUACAUUAAUUAUAAAUGAUAAUCCAUGUAGAAAUGUAGUGUGAAUUGUCUUAUUUUUGUAUAAUGUCAAUGUAGUCUUCAAUGUAUUGAAAACUUCGAUUGACAUGUUGUAUUUUUAUGUUUAAUUUUAGUUGUUUUCUCCAACGUUACUGUCAAACUGAUUAUAGGGCAAUGAAUUUGUGAUUUAGAUUUUAAGAGCGGAUGUAUGGACAAAAUUAUUGAGCAAGUCAACAAAUAUAUAACAUCUAUGUACUGUAAUAUUGGAAAUAUAAAUGUUAAAAAGUGCCUAUUGAGUUUGCAUGUUCCUUUGGCAGUGGAACAAAAUGUCCAUACACAUUUAUCCAUGACUUCAAGCAGUUUGAUAGUAACUCUUUAUAUCCUAUGUUGGACUGUCGAACGAUUAUAAGACUGGUAUCGAGGCAUCAUUUCGAGGAAUACUCAUAUGUUCUUGUUUUUAAGUAGCAGUCAUCCAGUAGGUUUGUUAGUAAACUUUGUAGCUGCGAUGAGGCCUUUUCCAUUUAUUUCUAACCCAUUAUCGCUCAUUAACCGAACAAAACAUUCCUACAUUGGCUUACACACUCAAUAUGAAAACAGUGCAAUUAAUUGAUUUUAGUAUUAGCAUUCACCUACCACUGUGUUUCCAAGUUUUUGUUGGCAGUUAUGACAUACAAUUACGAUUUUUAAGAUUUUAUAUAAUAUUAAUUAUUUAAUGUUUCAAUAUGACAUGUUCUUGUUUGUCAGAAAAGUUACGAGUGUUUGAAAUUAUUAAUCUUUGACUGAUUUUUCACUAUUUUAUUGUCGAUAAUGUUAGUGUUGUAUUUGAUUUUGAUAUUUUACAGUUCUUUAUGUUAACAAUUGAAAAAUUGGUAUUGUUUAUCCUUUUCAUUAAGGCCUAAUGUUAUUCACGAAAAUGCUUUCAAAUUUCCUUAACAUCCAUAUUUAGGCAAGUCUAUUUAUAAUGACAGAGCAAUUAUUAUUGUAUUAAGAAAUAGCCCAGAAUAAAAAGUAAUGCUUCAAUAGAACAUCAACGAUUAGCAAAGAAGAGAAAUCAGAUAUAAAAUAAAUUCAGAGCCAUAUAUUUGUAACAUUGUGCAUUUUAUUAGAACAGAAUCUGUGAAAAUAAAAAAUAUUAGCACAUGUUUAUUUUUAAUUACAUAUUUUGCAUUGAUGUUGUCAUAAGUAAGCGCUUUUUUAAGAACCUACUAAAUAAUAAUUGUGAGCAUUUAUUUAUUUUAUGUAAAUUAAUAAAUCAUGAUGUAAUAUUAAUAAAGUUCAUACAACACUUA